AUGGACAACAAGACCUUCGUGUCCGACUCUCUCAUCCGCCUAACCGGCGCGUCAGAUCCAAUCGCCGUUGACUUUGUUCUUGCCGAAGCCUCAUCUGCCAAAUCCGUGUCCUCCCUUCAAGACAAACUGGUCUCUUUCCUCGAUGGCAGCCCCGACGAGAUCGGCGCAUUCUGCGGGCAACUUUUCUCCCGCGUAGGGAAGGGCAGUCAGCCCAGCGCAUCUGCUUCGAAAUCUACAGCCAGCAAGGAAUCGUCAAAGAAGAAAUACCGCCUUGUGGAUAUGGGCGAAGACAUCCCCGAUCCUGCAUCAUCAUUAGGGCCCGUCAACAUCGAGGCAGAACGCGAUAGACGGCGGCGUCGUGACAAGGAGAGGGAAAGCGAUCGGGACCGGGACCGGAGUCGUCGGGACAAGGAUGAUAGCCGCAAACGAGAUCGCAGCAGGGACGCAGAGAGUCGGGACCGACCGCGCACGAAAAAGUUGCGACAGAGAGAUGCGGACGAUUUCGACGACCGAUGGGGCGAUGAGGAAGUCGCUGAGGAUGAACGAUACGCAGAAGAAGACGAAUUUGCCGAAUCGCCACCAAAGCGCACACGACUCGAAGAUGGAUCAGCCUCCCCACGCGCCGCAUCGUCUGUUGAAGAUAUCGAUCCCCAGACCAAACAGGAGAUUGAGCGGCAAAAGGAUCUACGCGAGCGAGAUGAAUUUGCGAAGCGCUUGGCCAAUAAGGAUAGUUCCAAGUCUAAGAAGAUUGUGGAAGACCGGACACGGGAUAGUGAAGCUGCGCGGAGACGUGCUCUGGCCGAUGAUGCCGACGCGCGGGCUUCUGUCAUGCCCGAUCUGCGUGAGCGCUCGCGACAAGAAUAUUUGAAGAAGCGUGAGGCAGAGCGGCUUGCUCUGCUACGUCGUCAAGUUGCAGAGGAGGCUGCCGAGCUGCGCGAGAACCCGAAUCUUACGCGCCGCGAGAAGGAAGAAUUUGCACGAAAUCGCGAAGUUCUUCGGAUUGCAGAGGAGCGACUACGGAUCGAUGACCAUCGUGAUGGUUAUAUGAUGCCCGAGGAUUAUAUUACGGAGAAGGGCAAGAUUGAUCGCAAGAAGAAAGAAGAUGCGCUGUAUAAGCGGUACGUGGAUCGUGACGAGAUUGGUCAGGAGAAGUUCGUCACCGAGCAUGAGGAGUGGGAGCUGGAGCAGGCUGCCAAAGCUAAAGCCCAGAUCAAGAAAGCCGAGUUUGUCGACGAGGGCGACUACGAGUAUGUCUUUGAUGAUACGCAGCAGAUCAACUUCGUGAUGGAGUCCAAGAUCGAAGGCACGCAGAAGCCGAUGACGCAGGAGCAAUUGCGGUUCAAGCAGCAGGUAGAUGCCGCAGAGAAAAAGGCUGCCACUAUGGAGGAGACUCGGAAGAGUCUGCCCAUCUAUCAAUUCCGCGACCAGAUCAUUCAGGCUGUUCAUGACCAUCAGGUUUUGAUCAUUGUUGGUGAGACGGGUUCUGGUAAAACCACCCAGAUUCCACAGUAUCUCCACGAGGCUGGAUUCACCAAGGACGGACUGAAGAUUGGCUGUACUCAGCCGCGUCGAGUCGCCGCUAUGAGUGUCGCUGCGCGUGUGGCCGACGAGAUGGGCACCAAGAUCGGAAAUGAAGUUGGUUACGCUAUUCGUUUUGAAGAUAACACCAGCGACAAGACUAUCUUGAAAUAUAUGACUGAUGGCAUGCUUCUGCGAGAGUUGCUCACGGAGCCGGACCUAGGCCAGUAUGCCGCGCUGAUGAUUGACGAGGCCCACGAACGGACAGUGCCAACAGAUAUUGCCUGCGGUCUUUUGAAGGAUAUCGCCAAGGCGCGACCCGACCUAAAGCUCCUUAUUUCCUCAGCCACUAUGGAUGCGCAAAAGUUCCAAAAGUACUUCGAUGAUGCGCCCAUUUUCAACAUUCCCGGUCGUCGGUACCCAGUCGACGUGCACUAUACCUCUCAGCCCGAAGCCAAUUACCUCGCCGCCGCUAUCACCACUGUCUUCCAGAUUCACGUGACUCAGGGCCCUGGUGAUAUCCUGGUCUUCUUGACAGGUCAAGAAGAAAUUGAGGCCGCGGAGCAAAGUCUACAAGAAACGGCCCGAAAACUCGGCAGUAAAAUACCGGAGAUGAUUAUCUGUCCCAUCUACGCCAAUUUGCCAUCCGAAUUACAGACCAAGAUCUUCGAGCCCACGCCACCGAAGGCCCGUAAGGUCGUUCUCGCCACUAAUAUUGCCGAGACAAGUCUGACUAUUGACGGUAUCGUCUAUGUGAUUGAUCCUGGUUUUGUGAAGGAGAAUGUCUUCAAUCCUCGGACUGGCAUGGAGAGCCUCGUCGUGACGCCUUGCUCUCGCGCCUCUGCUAAUCAGCGAGCUGGUCGUGCCGGACGUGUUGGUCCUGGUAAAUGUUUCCGACUUUAUACCAAGUGGGCGUACUACAACGAAUUGGAAGAGAACACCACGCCAGAGAUCCAGCGCACGAACCUCAACAGUGUGAUUCUGAUGCUGAAGUCGUUGGGUAUUGACCAGCUGCUCGACUUUGAUUUCAUGGACCCACCACCAGCCGAGACCAUCAUUCGCGCCUUGGAACAACUCUACGCACUCGGUGCAUUGAAUGACCGAGGUGAUCUCACCAAGGUGGGCCGACAAAUGGCUGAGUUCCCUACCGACCCCAUGCUCGCCAAAGCCAUUCUCGCCGCAGGCCAAUACGGCUGCGUCGAAGAAGUCCUCUCAAUCGUAUCCAUGCUCGGCGAAGCCAGCGCCCUCUUCUUCCGCCCCAAAGACAAGAAAAUCCACGCCGACAGCGCCCGCAACCGCUUCACCAUCAAAGACGGCGGCGACCACCUCACCCUCCUCAACAUCUGGAACCAAUGGGUCGACUCCGACUUCAGCGUCGUCUGGUCCAAAGAAAACUUCCUCCAACAACGCAGUCUCACCCGUGCGCGCGACGUCCGCGAUCAACUCGCCAAGCUAUGCGAUCGCGUCGAAGUAACCGUCAGCACCUGCGGCUCCAACAACAUGGUCCCCAUCCAAAAGGCCAUUACGGCCGGCUUCUUUCCCAAUGCGGCGCGUCUACAGCGUGGUGGCGAUAGUUACCGCACGAUUAAGAACGGGCAGUCUGUGUAUCUGCACCCGUCUAGCACGUUGUUUGAGGUUAACCCGCGCUGGGUGAUUUACUUUGAGCUUGUGUUGACGAGUAAGGAGUAUAUGCGGAGCAAUAUGCCGCUGCAGGCGGAGUGGUUGGUGGAGGUUGCGCCGCAUUAUUACAAGAAGAAGGACUUGGAGUCGUUGGGGUUGGAUAGGAAGGUUCCCAAGGGGACUGGGGCGGCUGGGGAGAAGAGUCGGACUUGA